AUGAUGAGUCGGUCAUCAGAUGACAGCGAUGAACAAGAAUUAGACGAUGAAAUUUUUUCAACGCUCCGAGGUAGGUGACCUGUCUGCCAAAUGAAUACUGUACAGAUAUUGGAAGUUUUUUGACACUCGCAUUUUCCGCUCUUCAUCGAAAUAGAGCGAUAAUGGCUACGACAGAGUCUCUAAACGCGAAAAUCGUCUGUCAGCCAUUUGCGAGCGUGAAACUUUUGUAAACAAUGGAUCUGUUCAUAUCAAAUAUUAAAGUUUCAUCAGGAUUAAACCGUUCCUUCGGUUGACAAGAUACACAAUAAUGUUUCCAUUGAGAGCAAUAUCUUGCAGUUCUUCGCGUAAUAUGUAUCGUAUAAACUCAGUAAUCAACAGAAGGCCAUUUUAAAAACUUAAAAUUGUUCGAACAGCUUUUAACAAAAUUCUUUGGUAUGAAAUACGGACAAACAUAUAUACAAACAUAACAGAUCUGUGAAUCCCUUCACAGUUAAUCUCUUCGUACAAGAGCACAGAAAAAGGAAAAGGCGAUAUUGUGGAGUUCUGGCUUAAGGGAUCUUAAUAAAUUGAUACUUCCGAGACAAUAAAACGGCGGGAGGUGGAAAAAUUUAUAUCGAAAUAGUUUGUAUAAAUUUUCCUUUUAUUUUUUAAUUGGAACCAGGGAUUUUGCUGAUUACAGAGACCCCAGGCUAAAAGUUUCAGAGCGGUCGAGAUGAAAAAUUUUAUAGCGUGAUCGAAGCAGUUACGAACUCUCGUACUGUUUUCCUUUCGAAACGUUUAUUAAGACCAUUAGCAACAAAUGAAGUGAUUUUCCCUAGAAAAGAGGAACACAAAUAAUCAUUUCAAUAUACCCUAAGAUGAAUUGCUUUUUUUCUGCAUAGCUUUUGCUUAUCUAUAAACAAUAAUGCGAUCACAGAAUUAUUUUUGUCGUAUGAGAGCGGCUUUCCGCAUGUGCCGAACAUUUCCGCGCCUUUUCAGUUAGCGCCCUUCUGGGAACGGAUGUUUAUUUUUGAGAAUACAAAUUAGUUUCUUUUGUGUGACACGAGGACAGGGAACAUUUUGUUUCGUUGUUUCUUGUGGCAAAUCAGUCUCUGUUCUUUUUUUCUUUCACUUUUCUCCGAAGUGGAAAUUGGGUUUCUAAUUGCCUGGCUUUUUCUGCAUAAAUCUUAAAAUUAUGUAGCUCCAGGAAAUCUUCUUUUUCUUAUCGUACUUUUCCACUUAUCCAUUGUUUCCUUAAUCAUAUUAUUCAUUUAAUUUAUCCAAGGGAAGGAGACACAUUUUAUCAUUGCCAAACCCCUGGUGCCAUAUUAUUGACUCGAGACUGAAAAAUGCGAAAACAAUGCCACCCCAAUUUUUUUUCCUUGUGCGUCUACUGUUGUGAGGAAGUCAGUAUUAAUUUCAAGAACUUUUGACUUCGUGCAAGCUAUAACGAAAAUUGGACUCUGAAGUCUCUAACAUUAUGUAUUCAACGUUGAUCAAGGAGCUGAUUAGAAUUCACUAUCGUUUGUAGUUUCAUUUUGUAGGUAAAUAGCAUAAAUGAUGACGAAUACAAAUGGUCAAUUUGAAUAAAAAAGUGGUUUUCAUGUCAGUUUUAUCAUGUAAAUACAGCUUGACAUUUCGUUUGCUUUUGAGAAACCUCAUUUUUGUUUUAAUUUCAAAACAAAGUUUUACACAAGGUAUGAAAAUAAAUUUCUUCUAGACCGCCUAUUUUUGCUCUCCUUUUGAUAUCUUCGUUUGCCCGAUACCGCUCAUUACGCAGUGCAGUUCGUUAGGAGUGCAAUCUACUUAAUCAAAAGGUCAACAAUAACAAUAUUCGUGCGUUCAAUUUCGCACGUGCCGGAGUUUAUGGGCGAUUGAAAAAUGUUAACACAUGUGGACUUGGCUAAAAUCUUGCAACAACUUGUUUUUUUCCCAAACGUUCCACAUAUUAAUGACAAAAGAUUUCCACAAUGAACAGAUCCAUAGCGAAGAAGCGCUUAGUAACUUUUGAUGUUUUGCUUGCUUUUCCAUUGACGUAGAACUUACAGCCAUAUUUUGUUAUUAAUAACUGAAGGUAAACCCCCGCCUUACAAACACACUCCUUUUGCAAACAGACGGCCGGGCUUUCUUUUUUCGCGGAUGCGUAAGUCAAAGAAACAGCAGGAGUCUGUGCGGAGGAGAGCGGAACUCUAAAACCGACGAUUUUCACGCUUUGCUGACUUUCACGAAGCCUCCCACGCAGGCGUAUUUAGAGGACUCCGUUUAAAACACCUUCGGGGGAGGCUAAUGCAUGCUAAUGCUAAUGCAUUUGCAUGUGAUAUCAGGAGCCAUAAUCGGGGUAGGAGACCGCAAGCGUGGGUUCCACGCGGUUCUAUCGAACUAGCCAAAUGUGCUAUGUUUAGAAUUAAACAAAAUCAGGAGCCAUGACAAAUGCACAAUGCUCAACGUCACAAACUCGCGCGGGAACCGGCGAAUUUGCGCGACUAUUCUGUUCCAGGCGUUCAGAUAGUAGAGCGCAGCGGUCAGUGGGGAGCGAGUUCAAUUGUACUGCGCGACUCUCGUGUCGAAUUUCAGGAGGUGGGCGAUCCCCUGGAAGAUCGUUUUGCGACUUAAUUUGAGUGCUUUGUUAUCUUUCCAAGUGCUUCAUAUCUCGGGAGGCAAUGCAUGUACUGUAGAAGAAUGAGCUAGUUGUUAUAUUAAUAUUACUAGAAAUACGUUUACGUAAAAGCCUCGCGAAGCUGUAAUGAGUCAGCAGUAAGAAUAAAGGGAAACAAGCCAAGGUGAAAAAUAUGAUUGAAAACAAAAUAAAAAACAAAACAAAAAAAAUCCAACAACAACUACAAAAAAGGCUUAGUAGAGAACUUGGUCCAUCUUCACGGAAGGUCGACUCCUAGACCACUGCGCCACGCUGCCAAGGAUUAACUUAAGUAGGAAAAUUAUCAUAUUAUGUACAGUAAUAUUUCCGUGAUAUUCUGCCAGUAGACGCUGUUUGAAGCUGGUGGAGCUGUGUUUAUCAUUAAUUAAAAGAUAUAUUUGAGGAAAAUUAGUUAUGAUUAUUUAAUUUGUUGUUGUGAACUUUCCUUAUUUGUUUGUUUCGUCCGAACGGGAUAUGAUUCGUCGCACGUCCGAAUUUCCGACAUCUCUUCGUCACUGGAUUUGUCAAAAACACUUCCACUACGGUGUUUAACAUAAGCAGAAUGACAUUCACAGUCCUUACACUUAGGAUUAUGGUCGAGAAGGUUCUGCUCAAGGUUUCGCCUCAAAUUCAGAGGAGGCAGCAGGAGAUGAAUAAAUUCUAUUUCUGUCAUCACGGAGGUAAUUUCUAACGCCAUUUUUUUUAAUCCUUUGCUCGGCGCCUUCGGAAAAAAAGCACGCGUGUCGCACGAGAUAGCACAAUUUUUGCUAAAAAUAACACAUUUGGCUAUUUCGAUGGAACCAACCCCAUUACUGGAAAGGAUAUCCAGUUACGGUCUUCUACCCCGAUUAUGGUUCCUGGUUAUAUAUUUAGGAAGGUUGCUGCCUUAUCUGGAGGAUAAGGUGAUUUCCUCUGGAAUUUAGAUCUUACGGCAUAACCACUUAUAAACCAUUUGCAAAGGCGUUAAGGCGUCAUGAAAUGUAGACUGCGAGCAGCCUCUCUUUUCUUCAGAUUUUUUGAGGGGAGAGCACGCGCCUCUCCCGUCGCGCGCCUUCAUUCACGCGGUGGCCAUUUUCGCGUCUUGCGCGUUUCGCUCGACGGACUAAGAGAAAAGAGAGACUACUCGUAAACUACAUGAAAUGGCCUUAAAUCAGGCACUGAGUCUGCGCAAGAAAUGCCCGGUCAGUAAUAGGCUCAUUACCAACACAGCUAUAUUAAUAGAAUCCUAAGAGCGAGUAGAAAGUGAUCAGUUAAAAUAGGUAUCGUGAAAAAAGUUUACUUUUCUGAAGUUUCUCCAUUCUUAUUCUAAUCCACAGACGUGGAGACAUUUCUUUACCAACUGGCGGGGGAAUCGCUUCAGUUAAACCACGAAAAGAAACGAGACGAACUGUUAGAAAAUGUCAUGGAUCUGAGAAGAAAGCUAAGAGAGCACAGAAAUCUUUCCACGGCUACAAAUGGAGUCAGAUCUCCCAGGCCGAAGAGAAAAAGUUUUCCUUUUGCGACUGUUAAAGACAGCAUGCACUCUUACACAGCGCAUUUACAAAAAAUUGGGGUAAAUGGGAAAUUAAAGCCUCCCGGCUCACCUGAAGUCCAGCGCGUCGACAAACCUCAAAUGCGCGCGCGAUCAGUCUCUUGUCCCGAAAUACGCUUUUCUCUCCACGGUCAUGCGUGGAGGACAUCACUUCCAAAGGUGCCUGAAAACGAAGAACUAAACGUCGAUAGCGAUGAAGGGUCCUAG